AUGCCUCUCUUCCGGCUGAAGACGGUGUUCCCGUUGCUCGCUUUGGUGACGAUUGGAAUCUUCUUCUUCUGCAUGGAACGUUAUGACCGGUCUGCCUUCCUCCGGUUUAAGCAUCCCAUUGAUCGGGCCGGUUUCGCUGGCAACAAGCAACCUCAAGCACAGACACCUACACAACCGGAACCCCAGCAGACCGGUAGCACGUGUGAGGUCGACCCCAACCUGGCCGCUCCCCUGCCCUUCCCUGAAUGGCUCCCACGCAAGAACUACACCCGCGCCUACUUCCGUCCUCGCCAUGUGAACCCUCGCACCGAAUUCCACACUCUGGAGGAGAUUGAGAAGCCCGUUCUCCCGCCCAUGGUUGUCAUGGAGCGUGGUAUGGUCGUGUCUCCCGAGAACAAGGAGGAGAACUUUGUCUGCCCGGAGAUCAUCAAUGUGGAUGUGGCCGCCGAUGACGAUGUCGAGGAAACCUCCAAGCUUCUCUUUGGUCUGGCCACUACCGUCGACCGUCUGGACCGCCUGCUUCCCUCUCUGCUCUACUCCUACGGAAACACCAAGGCCGGUCUGAUCGUUUUAGUCCCCGAGUCUGAUGAUGAUCUGGAGAAGCAGGAGACCUACUUCCGCAACCGCGGUCUGGACCUGACUCUCAUUGCCUCUCCCUUGGACUUCACUGCCCGUUACUUUGGUAUGGUUGAGGCCUUCACCGAACACAUUCGCAAGCACCGCCCCCACACCACCUGGGUUGGAUUCAGUGAUGACGAUACUUUCUUCCUGUCGCUUCCCACUAUCGCCGAGGAGCUCAAGCUUUUCGACGAAAAGAAGAAGCACUAUAUUGGAUCUCUGUCCGAGGCCAGCUGGCAGGUGGACACUUUCGGUCACAUCGCUUUCGGUGGUGCCGGUGUGUUCGUUUCGAAGCCAUUGCUCGACGUCCUGAUGAAGUACUACGAUGAGUGCCAGUCCUGGGGCGAGCAGCCCGGUGACCAGAAGCUCGGCCAGUGCAUCCAACGCUUCGGUGACACUCCUCUGACUUUGUGGCCUUCGCUCUACCAGAUGGAUAUGGCCGACCCCGUCGAUGGUGUCUACGAGUCCGGUCGCAAGAUUGAAUCCAUGCACCAUUGGAACAGUUGGUAUACCAAGGACGUGGUCAAGAUGACCACCGUCUCUGCUGCUGCUGGUCGCAAGUCGGUUCUCCGUCGCUGGGUCUUUGACCAGGAAGAGACUGUGAAUAGCGCCACUGGCGAGACUCUCCGUCACUUCUGGGUUAUGACCAACGGAUACUCGCUGGUGAAGUACACAUACGGUGAGUCCGUGCCUGACGAUGCCAUCAAUUUUGAUGCCACCGAGAAGACAUGGCCCGAAGACCCCCGCGGUUACGAGGACCGUCUGGGUCCCCUCCGUCCCGCCGAGGAGGAGGGUGUCUCCAAGGACCGCUGGUUGCUUCGCGAUGCCUUUGUGGUUGGUGACAAUGUGCACCAGUACUAUGUCCGCGAGGAAGACGAGGGCCACAGUGUGAUUGAAAUCGUCUGGCUCGGUCCCAAGGGCGGCGGCGGUGGUGGUGUCAGUGACCAUUACAUUCGCGGCACUUACCAGCAAUAA